GUUGUGAAUAAUUAGGAGCUUGAAAUAAACAAGUCUGACAUAUUAAAAAUGUUGACUGUAUAAGGAAUCAUAUGAAAAAAAGAAAAAUUAUUUUAUUUAUAUUUUAAUACUUUAAACAACAAAAAGCAAAGAUUACCUACUUUUUUUUCUGUUAAAACAUGUUUAAGAAAUGGAAAAGAUCCCUUUUUGGGAUACUUUUAAUACAAUUGUUUGUCAAAACGUUCGGCGGUAAUUUAAAGAUUAAUAUGAAAAAUGAUACUCACAGUGACAUGGAAAGAAGUGCCGCGGUAAAUAGAAUGCUUUUAAAUUCCCAUACAAUUAAUAAAGAAAAUACUACAACCAUAAUAGCUACUAACAAAGACUAUGAUAAAAAAACCAUUAGCUUAUCGAAAGAAAGCGUUCAAGAAAAAGAAUCGUUAACACCAAUAAAUGAUUUUUUCUCUCAGAAAAUUUUCCGAAAUCGCACAAGUCGUCACAUAUACUACCGACCGCAAUAUUUUUAUAUACAGAAUGUGGUAGCGGGCCGUCCACACUGUGCCACUAAUCAAGGCUUGCUAGGAAUUUGCGUCAGUUUCGAUAAUUGCAAACAACAAAAAGUAUAUAAGCGCAACAAUAGACAACAAUGGCCAUCAAUAACACCUCGGGAGCCUUGUAGGUCUUUUGAUAUGUUCGCAAGAGAGUUUAUUGGCGUAUGCUGUACUUUUUUUGACAUUAAUAGAGAACACAUGAGCCAUAAGAAAGGCAAUAUACCUUCUACCGUUCAAGGAAAUGUGCAACAAUUUGAUUUAAAUAAUGUUUUUCCUUCCGCUCCUAAUGAUGACAGUGCGGAGGUGGUAGAGCUUCCUGAUAAUUUCAGUCAUUCGACUGAAUCAUUCAAUGAUUCCAGUGACAACGAAGAGGAGAACAACCUUGUUUACGAUCCUAUUAGGGAAGAUGAUUGGCGGAAAGCUCCUUUCUACGGUGUCGCGCAUUAUCCUUGGGCUCCACAGUUUGUAGCAUUUGCAGAUAUACCUCAACAAUGGCCGCCUCCACUACCCACACAUCCCCCCGCUUUAGCAAAUUGGCCGCCACCUAUACCAACACACCCACCCAAUCAUCAUUAUCCUACCCACCCUCCUUCUUCAGCACAAACAAUGCCUAACAAAGAUUUGAGCACAACAGUUAUAACAAGUGGUAUGAAGCCUUCCACCAAUCCUGCUAUUACUACUACUACUACUACCAAACGCCCGAGUUAUCCUAAUUUCCCAGGAUAUCCACAUUAUCCUACAUACCGACCAUUGACCACUACUGCUGUAACCACUACUUCAAGGCCAUCUUCAACUGGAUCAAAUAGUUCUACCCUGCCCAGCUUACCAUUAAAAUGUGGUAUCAGAAACGCCAUUUCACCUGAUCAGGAACGCAUCGUUGGCGGCUCAAACGCUAGCCCUCAUGAAUUUCCUUGGAUUGUUGUGCUUUUCAAAUCCGGGACGCAAUUCUGUGGAGGCAGUCUGAUCACAAAUAAUCAUAUUUUGACUGCGGCUCAUUGUGUGGCACGGAUGAACUCCUGGGAUGUAGCUGCCCUUACUGCUCACCUCGGAGAUUAUAAUAUACGCACCGAUUUUGAAGUUCAGCAUAUAACUCGUCGUAUAAAACGCUUAGUGCGACAUAAAGGUUUUGAUUAUAACACUUUGCAUAACGAUAUUGCUAUACUAAGCCUUGAUGAACCCGUUAGAUUUAGUCACGAAAUCCGACCAAUAUGUUUGCCUACAUCGACCAGCCAGCAAACUCGGAGUUACAGCGGACAAUUGGCUAUUGUUGCUGGCUGGGGCAGCUUACGUGAGAGUGGUCCUCAGCCGGCCAUUUUACAAAAGGUACACGUACCUAUUUGGACUAACACUGAAUGUGCUCAAAAAUACGGCAGAGCGGCUCCAGGUGGCAUUAUAAGCUCAAUGAUUUGCGCUGGUCAGGCGACGAAGGACUCGUGUAGUGGCGAUUCUGGAGGGCCUUUGAUUGUAAAUGAAGCCGGCCACUAUGUACAAGUUGGUAUCGUGUCAUGGGGUAUUGGUUGUGGCAAAGGGCAAUAUCCUGGCGUUUACACAAGAAUCACAUCCUUAUUACCAUGGAUUUAUAAAAAUCUCAAAUAG